AACCCCCAGCAAGUGGAAACCACAGCUCUGCAAAUGCCACGGCUGCCCAGGGCAACACAGAGAGAGCUUGGGUCUCAAGAACAUCCAUAGAUUUCACUCAAGACCCAAAAUGCCUCAUGGUGACAGGAAGAGGGGGUUGUAGAUGGCAGCCCCCCUGGCCCAGCCUCACUGAGUCAGAGGCUCUGGAAGAGCAAGCAGCAGCCCGUGCUUUCACAAGUGCUUAGUAAAUUUAUUUUUCUCAGCAGUUUUGGGAGAGACCGUGCCACAGGUGAAUCUCGUGCUUAUUUGCUGAACCACACACCAGAAGUACCUGCAGCCUUAACGAGUAUUUAACAACAACCUCAACAAGACUGUCUAAAACUGUCUCCCUAUGAGAUACUUCUAUUUGAAAGACUGAAACAACUCCCCAGAGCUGAUGUACCCACUCGUAGAAUUUCAUUAGCAGGAAAUAAAAAUGUGACCCGGUACAUUUUACAGGUUCAGAAAUCAUUAAAGCACCAUCGGGUCCGGGCACAGCUAAUACAGCCAGUACCCCUGGGAGAGGCUCUGCACCCCUUCAAUCCAGGGAAUUAACGUUUGGGUAAAAGGACUCAGAAGAAAGGAUACCUAUGUGCUUGGUGGGAGGGACCAUUUCUGUUAUUGCUGAAGCUUCUCAGCAACAAGGUGGAGGAGAGACAGACUCGAAUCCCUCACUGCCACCUAAAAGCGUCCCCCAGUCUGGAAGUGGAAGCAGGAGACCCUCCUGCCGCUAAGGGACCAUCCACCACCGCCCGGGCUGAUUCACCCGCCGCUGGGGCUUGCACAGCGCCAGCAGGUUGGCUGUGAAACCCCUGAUCCUGUUCCAUUCAACACCGGGGAAGUGGAAACUAACUUGGUACUUCGGAAUUGCCGUGCACUCCCAGCAGGGACAGCAAAUGGGAGACCCCGUGAGCGCUGCGGCUUCGGGAGGGGCCCGGGGCCUGGUGGUUCUAAGCUAAGGGCAGGAGCUCUGAAGGGCCCCAGAAGGCCCCAGCUCCUCCGGGGAGGAAAAGGCUGAGAAAACCAAAGAAAACCCCAUCCCUCCGUCUCCUUGGAUCGGGGAGAGGUUGGGGCAUCCCGCCGGAGACAGAGUUUUGCCUGGGUCCCCCUAAAGCUUGCCCAAGCGGCUCUCCUUCGGCUUGGGGGCCCUCUCAAAGCUGAGGGAGCAGGAGGCCAAGGGCUGGGUCUGGCCCAGGGACAGGAGGGGAGGUUGGGGUGUCCCCCAGGAGACAGGGCUCCCACUUGACCCCCCCCAACCACCCACGUUUGCUGGCAAUACCGAGCUGGGAGGUGCUGGUGACGCUCUGGAGGGACCGGAGGCCUUGCAGAGGGAGCUGGGUGGGUGAGAGCAUUGGGAGAUGACCUCUCACAGGUGGGCCAGCGAGAGCGGGUGGCCCACAGGUCUGUCCAAAGGGGCCUCCAGGCCGGCCCCUCCCCGGGCCGGUGGGCAGCAGCGGUGGCUGGCGUUGCCAUGGCAGGGAUAGAGCAGGAUGAGGGUGCGGUGACGCAGGGAUGUCACAAUGUGGCGAGGCGACGAUGCAACAAUGCGGGACUGCUCUAUAUAGGCACGGGCUGGGAGACCCAGAGGUGACCACAGCUGGGUGCCUCUGGAGCGAGAGGUGCAGACGCAGGGUCACAGCUCCCGGAGAGCUACUCAUUGGAAGGAGCCAUGGAGCACGGCCUCACUGCUGGUGGCCGAAAGGAACACGCGCUGCCGAGAGCACGAGGAGCAACGGCGGGAGUGCUGGGGCACAUAAGACAGCACUUGGAAGAAGGAGCUCCUGGGCUGAUGGAGCCUGAGCUGCUGCUGGACCUGCCACUUGGCGUGAAGAUCCCCGUGCCGCGCAGCUCCAGGCCGGUGUUCUGCAGGGCAAAGCUGGGGGAAAAGCUUCAACGGCCCUCGGGCUUUUAUGAUCUGGGAGACCCCUACAAUCGCCUGCUGAGGGUGGAGUACAACAGCCUCCACGACCCGUACCUGCAGGAAUACCACUGCCGCAGGGACAACUUCGAGAGGCUGAGGAAGCAUGGCCUCAUCACCAGCAAUGGCGGAGUGGUUUCCACUCUGAAAGAAUUCAACGAUUAUAGACAAUACCUGACGAGGCUCAAGCUGCAGGCUGAGCAGGUGUACAGGCAAGAAGAGGAGAAGCUUCAGCAACGGCUGGCCAGGCUGAAGGAAGCCCACAAACCGCUGGGAGCCUUCAGCACUUCUUGCCCGGCCGAGCGGCUGCUGCAGCCACGAAGACCCGCUUGCCCACCUCCACCCAAGAGCAGAAUGACGGCAAAAUGUGGCCGCUGCGGGAGGGUGAUGGCAGAUCUGGCCCUUUCUGGCCAAAGCUGCUCCCCAUCACAGCCGGGCCAGGAAGGUGCCGAGCUGCCCAGGAGGGUCAGUGCUGGUGGGGGAUCUAAGACAUCCUCAGCCAGCACUUUGACCCGAAGGACCACGGCACGUUCCGUACUGGAUUCAGUUGUGGAGGAGAUCCGUCGGCCUGGGGCUGCCCUGACCCCCAAACCACAAGGGGGAAAGAGGGCCACAAAUGCCCCCACACCACCGGAAGAGGAGGGGAGCUCUCCCACGCAGAACACCUUCCCCUCCACGGGCCCACAGUCCUCCCUCCGGCCCGUCCCUCCGGCGGGUCCCAAGCCCCCAGCCCAGACAGGAGCCCGGCGCAGAGUAGUGCGCAUCAAGCCUGUCGAAGGCAAGGCCCAGCAGCCCGCGGCGGACGUCAGGAAGGAAGCGGAAAAGCUUGUGGACGAUGUCCUGAGGAGGUGGGCAGCAAGCGACGUCUAGAGCCUGUGGGGAGCAAAG